AUGAAACGCAAGACCGGCUCAGUUAGAAAACGCGCCAGUCGGCAGAGCCUCAACCUACUCACGAACGGCCACGCCAACGGCAGCAUGCAGUCUCAGAUUGAGAUGCGGAAAAAAGGAGUCUCUCUCGAAUCGACGUCUUCUCACACAUCCAGAGUCAUGGACCGGUCGAGCUUCUCACUGGACGACGACCCUCCGCCCACGCCUCAGUCUGCUGGGCCCGUCAGUACCAGUUUCAACGACCUGCCGGCGCCUGAUAAACGAAACUUCCUCCUGCUAUGUGGCCUCUACUUCCUCCAGGGCGUCCCGAUGGGUCUCGCCAUGGGAUCGGUGCCCUUCCUCCUCAAACCAAACCUCUCCUACGGCCAGAUCGGCGUGUUUUCGCUCGCGUCGUAUCCGUACUCUCUCAAGCUGUUAUGGAGCCCCAUCGUCGACGCAGUCUGGAGCCAGAGGUUCGGACGGCGGAAGAGCUGGAUCAUGCCCAUCCAGACCAUCUCUGGGCUUGCCAUGGUGUACCUUGGUAGUCACAUCGCCAAUAUGAUGACCGCAGCCGCUGAUAAGGGCGGAAACGGAAUCUGGGGCUUCACCAGGUGGUGGUUCUUCCUCGUCUUCCUUUGUGCAACGCAGGAUAUCGCUGUCGACGGCUGGGCUAUCUCGCUCAUUUCUCCACAAAACAUUGCAUUUGCGUCUACCGCCCAGACUGUCGGGCUUACGGCCGGGCACUUUCUUUCAUACACUGUCUUCUUAGCCUUCAACUCUCCCCAUUUCGCCAAUACAUGGUUCCGAUCUACUCCUUCUGAUGUAGGGCUUAUCACUCUGGGCGGCUAUCUAAAGUUCUGGGGAUGGGCAUACCUCCUUGUGACCGUCGGACUGGCCGUGCUCAAGAAAGAAGAAAAGUCAAACGACCGAGACGGCAUUGUCGAGGUAUACAGGAGCAUGUGGAAGAUUCUCAAACUCGGCAACAUCCAGACCAUCAUCAUCAUCCAUCUGAUUGCCAAAAUCGGCUUCCAGGCAAACGAAGCUGUGACGAGCUUGAAGCUCAUCGACAAGGGCUUUGGCCAAGACAACAUGGCCCUGGUUGUUCUUGUAGACUUCCCGUUUGAGCUUGCCCUGGGCUACUACGCUGGAAAGUGGUCGACAGAACAUACACCGAUGAAGCUGUGGUGCUGGUCGUUCGUAGGCAGAUUGGUAGCGGCUGUCCUAGCCCAGGCAGUGGUCAUGAUAUACCCGAGCGCACCUGGCUCACCAGUUCCCGGAUGGUAUAUGUUUGCGGUUAUCGGCGAGCAUUUAUUAUCCACGUCGAUGAACACCAUCAUGUUCGUCGCCUGUUCCGCAUUCCAUGCAAAGAUAUCCGACCCUACGAUUGGCGGUACAUAUAUGACUCUGCUCGCGACCGUCUCGAAUCUUGGAGGAACAUUCCCGAAAUACUUUGUUCUCAAACUUGUCGACGGGCUUCACAAGGCCACUUGUAUUCCACCAACCAUGGCACCUGGAGCAGUGCGUUCCCCCAUCACCACCCCUUUCUCCUGUGCACUUGAGGCUGAAAAGAACCGUUGCACUGCCGGCGGUGGUGUAUGCCGGGUCGACCGUGACGGCUUCUACUAUACGAAUAUAUUAUGUGUGGCCAUCGGUGCCCUUACGUUCUGGUUCUUUAUCCGGGAAGCUGUGAUGAAGCUCCAGCGACUCCCCUUGCGUGCAUGGCGAGUCGCUCCCGAGGGUGGAAGCAGAUGA